AAAACCUGUAUUUCCCUUUCCUUUUUGCUUUCAUUCUCUCUGUAAUCUAUCUUCUAAUUUCGAGUCUUCCUUGAAUUUUCUUUGCCCUUUUUUGCUUUUGAAGUACACCAGUACCACUCUUUAUUUUUUUCCUUCAUUUUCACUGGGAAUUUCUCUGCCACAAGUCGAGAUUUCAUUUCCAAGUAAUUUGUUUUCCUUCUUUACUGGGGUUAUUCUAGUGUUCACUUCGCAAGAUUUGAAGCAAAAUCCGUUUCCGUGUGAUGGAUACUCAGGACCAAAUUGAAGACAAAACAUCGCCCAAUGCUUUUAAAUCUGGCAUAUGUCCCCAAUCUAAGACAUUGAACCAGUUGCAGGAGUUAUACACAUUUAAUCAUGAUCACACACCCAAGGCUAGAAAACCCUACACUAUAACUAAACAGAGGGAGAAAUGGACUGAGGAAGAGCAUGAGAGGUUUCUUGAAGCUUUAAGGUUGUAUGGUCGUGGCUGGCGUCAAAUAGAAGAGCAUGUAGGCACUAAAUCUGCAGUUCAAAUUCGAAGCCAUGCUCAAAAGUUUUUCUCUAAGGUUGUCCGAGAGUCAAAUGGUGGCUUUGAUGGUUCCAUUAAACCAAUAGUGAUACCGCCUCCUCGUCCUAAAAGAAAGCCAGUACAUCCAUAUCCCCGCAAAUCUGUCGAUUUGGUCAAAGGAAAAUCACCAUCAUCUCAACCAGAGAGAUCUCCAUCCCCUAACCAAUUUUUCAGAGAGCAAGAUAACAAAUCACCAACCUCAGUUUUAUCUGACGCAAUGGGGUCUUCUGCCUUGGAGCAACAGAAAGGAUGUUCUUCCCCAACUUCUUGUACUACAAAUUUGCAGUCAAUCAAUACAUCCCCUGUUGAAAAGGAAACUGACUAUGCAACCUCUAACUUGGCUGCUGAGGAAGAGAAACGCUCUUUGUCAUCUGUGAAAAUAUUUGGUCAAUCAGAUGCGGAGAACAUUCUGUCCAUGAACCUCAAUGCAGAUUUCAAGGACUUUGUUUUUGGUGAAGGCAAUGCAGCACCUGUUAUACCUUCCACUAGUAUUAAGCUUUUCGGGAAAACAGUUCAGGUGAAAGAUUCCCCUAAACCUUCCAUAAGUGCAGAAAAUUUUGAGUCACAAACAUCUAAGACCAGUCGAGAUGAUGUUGAUGCUGUCAAUAAAAUGCUAGUUCAGGCAUUUCCUUCAACACACUUAGACACGAGUUUGUCACACGGUACAGUUAUUGAUAAUUGGAAUGCAAUGCCUUCUAGAGCUAACUUAUCUACCAGUGAUGCUCCUCUGCCAUGGUGGGCCUUUUACCAAGGUGUACCCUUUUGUUACAUUACUUCAUUUAAUCAAAACCGCUCGGAUUCUAGUGUUGGAGAGAGGAUGAAAGAGAAAGAAAUUCUAAAUGAAGGAUCCUGUAGUGGUUCAAAUACUGGUUCAGUUAGUCAUGUAAGUAGGAGGGUUUCGGACUGCAUUGAUUCCGAAAGCCAACAUCCUUGUCUUGAGGGAAAAAUGUCUCCCCAAAGAUGUACUAAGGGGUUUGUGCCAUACAAAAGAUGUUUAGCAGAAAGAGAUAUGACAUCAUCUGUUGUGUCUGAAGGGCAGGAGACACACAGAGCCCGAGUAUGCUCAUAGUAGCUGGCCAGCUAUGUUGUUCCGAUAGUGAAAUGUCAAAAAGCUUUUAAGAUAGUUUAGAUAGUGGGAGGAUGACAAUUAAUUAUUUGAGAUGUUCCUUUCCAAAGAUAAUAUUUUUAGGCAAAAAGCUUGAAUGGGUCGUAGACUAUUUUUAACUGCUUCUGUAUAUAGGGGCCCUUCAGGUGACACAUUUGAAGCGGAGGAGCUGCUGGCUUGAUUCUAUACGUCUAUGUUUAGAGAGUUGAAACUGUGUUUUUUGCAACUUAGGCGUCAUGUGUAUAUGCAUGUCAUGAAUGCUAACUUGUUUUGCCGCAAUUUUUGUAUCUUUACAUUAUCAAUGAUUCCAGAAUUAUUCUUUCC